UUUACAUCCUCUGUUUACAUUCAAUCUCACUCUUACACUGUCGUCACCUAAAACAAAACUCGGGUGCAAUAUCACGUCUAAGCAAAAAGAUUCAUUCCUAAAGGAAUGGGUCGUUUGUUGUUAAACCUACAACCAGUUCCAUGGGAAAAAGAAGGGUUGAAUGAUAAUGAGCGAAUACUGUCUUUUUUGGACUUUAUACGACCGAAACCCACAGAGUUAGAGUAUCGAAAGCAAAUCGUACAGAAGCUUCAGGACUAUUUGCAGAGAGUUCUUUCGAACCCAGAACUGCAAGAAUAUGGAAGCUUAUAUACUGGACUUUCUUUAAACAUUAGUGAUAUCGACUUGUCUUUAAAGAGUCCCGCUGUUGGCGAAAUGGACAAACGACGUGUUACGAUGUUUUUGCGUACAUAUAUGGAUCCUAAUACAGAGUUCCAUUUUAGUGCACGAGUUCCACGCGUCUACUUACACGAUGUGAGCGGUAUUGCCAUAGACUUGACAUUUGCAAAUGAAAACGCCUGCCUUAGUGCUGAAUUACAGUCCACCUAUUGUAGGAAAAACCCCGAGUAUGGAACAUUACUGAUGUUGUUAAAACAUUGGACUUAUGAAAGAGAUCUCGAUUGUGUUCAUCUUGGUGGAAUUAGCAGCUGUGCACUCUCUUACAUGCUAAUCGGGUGGCUUGAAAUGCGAUACCACAAAAAGGAUAUAUCAUCGAAAGAGCGACCUUUACGAUCUCUAUUACAAUCUUUUUUUCAAUUUUGGGGCGCUGAAUGGUGCUAUGAGCUUUUCGUUUUGCGUCCAUUGACUGGACAGAUCGUGCCAAAGUUACAAAAAGGAUGGUACGAUGAAGCUAAACCAACUUUGUUAUCCAUAGAAGAUCCAUUGGAUAAGGAUAACGACAUUGGUAAGCAAUCCUUUCAGAUAACCAUGAUUCAAGCUGCUUUUUUAGCUUCAUACAAUGAACUUCUAUCUGAUAAGGAUUGGUUGAAUACUUUUGCUAUUACAGAAGCUGAACUCAAACUGUAUGAAAAAACAAACAAUGCAAUGCAUCCUCCAUCCCUGGUCUCUCAGUAUUGCGAUGACGAUGAGGAAUUUUGAUGGAAUUAAUACUUAUUAAGUCGAUUGAUUCUAUUGAAGAUGAAGCGGUCCGGAUGAAUUUAUAAUGAGUUGGGAUGAUAACAAUUGUCCAUGUUUUAUGUUACAAAUACAUUUUAUUUAUUAGCAUUCGCUUUCGUGCAGAAAAUUUGCAUGGUCUAUUCCUUGCUGACAAAGGUAGGAAGGAAUGAAAUCACUCAGAUCCCAGAAAUUGUAGUUCUUUUUUGUUUCCUGUUUUUGAAAUGAAGAUUACCGGCGAAAUACCACUCGGUUUUGGUUUAUCGGUAUAUUAUUACAUUCGAACUUGACAAGGACAGAAAACAAGAGUUGGUGAAACCAAAAGACAUAAGAAAGUUAAUUUCUUCUCCUUUUAUAUUUUAUUUUGUUCUUCUUUCCUUUGAUGGGAAAGAAAAACUGCUUCAGUACAGAGGAUGGUUAAGAACGGCUGUGUCUUCGUUGCUGGACUCACUCAAUUCUGUGAAUCCUCGGCGUAAAAACCAAUCUUUAGCAUUCAACUUCUGAGGUAAUUGAACGUAAAUCUCCUUCGAUCCAAUAUCCUUAGCGGUAUUAACGGCAUGCUCCAAAAGUUUAGUUCCCGCACCAUACUUGCGGUAUGCUGGCAACACGCCCAAAGAAAGAAUUUGCACUUUACUGCUUUUAUUAUGAGUCUCCUUCUUGCAUCGAACAGCUCCUACGCAAACGUUGUUGAAAUACGCAUAUUGUGCUAAGGAUCCAACUUGCACUGUUUCUUUAUAAUACUGAGGAGAAAACGAGCGAACACCUUCUGGAAUCGUAUUUUGAUUAAUUACCUCUAAAACCUUCAGGUUAUUUGGAUUAAUAGUGUCUAACUCAAUCAUUUUUUUUCCUUCUCCGUCUUUUGUUUAUGGAUGCCUUUUUGGUGCUAAAAAAUAAUUUGGGCGCUUUGAUAUGCAACGGUAAUUUAAUCGAACGGACGUUAGGGUGUUUUGUAAAAGUCUAUUGGAGUUCGCUGGAUUUCGCUAAAAUCCGAAAAACAAUAUGAGGAUGUUGGUGAUGGAUGCAUAGGCAUUGGUAUGCGUAUUGAGGAUUCUUCUGUUGCUUUUGAAAGGUCAUUUCCAUUUUUUAGCUCAGGAUCUUCUUUAACUCUUUCAGAAGAAACAUUUUCCAGCAUGAACGAACUGAAUGCUGGAUCUUCUUUCUCGUAUACUUUGUGAUCACCCAUAGCAGGUUGAGUAUCUUGUUCAUUUUGCUGAAUUAUUUGACCAAGCCAUUUUGAUUGAUAUUUGAUUGCAGGCCAUAAUGUUCCAAUCAUACUCAAGAAAUUCAAAAAUCCCCAAAUCGUUAGCACAGAAAAUACGAGUCCCUGGAUGAUGAUAAUCAAAAUUCCAAUUAUUACUUUACGGAUGAUAUUUAUAUCAAAUGCCAUGGGAAUUAACAAAACCAUAGAUAUAAGGCGUGUUCCGUUAAUCAAAAGCGCGCACAUCAUGCUGCAAGUUCCAAAGUAGGGGCGAAGUCCAAUUAAUAAACUAAUUGCAACCACCUCAAUUGCGAAGAGAAUGAUGGAUUGGACUUUUCCAUAGUUUUGAAGAAAUGCUAAUAGGAGACCUGAAAUGGCGACUAGUACAAGGCGUACUAUGAAGAAAUACCAAUGGCGAUCCUUCAAGUUCAAAUACAUCCAACCCCACCAUGUAAAUACAUGUGGGUCAUUGAUCGUUCCCUUUGAACCUUUUGUUAGAAACCGAUUGGUAUGGAUUGCAUUGGCUACCUCGAAUAAACACCAAGCAAAUAGUCCUGCAAACAAGGCAAGCAACGUAGCCGCGAGAAUUAUGGGUCCAUAUGCAUCUGAUAAUGUAAAUUGGAAAACAGCUAACACAAUCAGGACCGGAAAGCAAAUAAAAACCUAUGAUACAUGUUAGAAGCCGGUUAGCAUAUAUAAAGAACAUACCCAUUUCAUAAGUGCAUUAAAAAGGAGUCUUUUCCAAUACUUCAACUCAUACAUGCAAGAAGAGGGACAAAUUACUUGAGAUUUUCGUAAGAGCGGGAUGAUACAAACGAAACCGAUCACAAUCCCCCCGAUAAUCCCAAUUGAAAUUGCAAACCAUAUCAGCGAAAGUGUAAACAAAUUCGUGGAACAGGUAUGAAGUCUAUUCGCUAACCCUACCAGUCCGGAAUAUGUACCGACGAUUGAAUCUUCCGGGUUCGAUGCAGUAGUGGUGCGACAAUGUAUACCGUCCUGAUGUGAAUUUAGUUUACCACCAGAAUGCUUUCGAAGAGAAUCUAUACUAUUGUCGAGCUGUCCGUUUGGAAUCAGUCCUAUAAUCCAUGCAAAAUUACUAGCCCAUGAUACCAAAACUUUUGGUUGUUUGACUCCUACAGCUGCAGUAAGCACGAUACACUGUAAAAGGUCUGUUAUAUAUUGGAUUGAUGGCAUGGAGUUUGUAAUUACAGGCCGUAACAUAUAAAUGCUGUGCUCCAUGCCGAUCAGAUAAAAACCGAGGAAACCGGCAAUGGCCAAAAAAAAAGAAACAAUUGAAAGUGCCAAAAUUACUCUGUUUUGAAACGUGUGACCAUUAUUUAAGGAUGCCAUGGCACAUGAAAGAGGAUUCGCCUUAUUUAUAGAAGAGUUUUCUAAAUCCUCUGAACGAUACAUCCUAAAAUUGAUAAAUCCUUCAAAAUCAGGAAUCGUCCAAGCUAGAUUUGGAACCAUUUUGACAUCCUGAAGGCUAACUGGAAGGACACCAUGAGCUCCAAUCCUUGAAUUUUUUGUCAAUGGGCAAAUAUUUCCUAAGUUCAUAUCACAUGGAUCAAACGUGAAUCUAGCACGUUGGCUACCAUAGGCAUCAACCGUUAUUUCAAAGGUUACAUUUGCAUCUAUGUUAGAAUAACCCUCGAUAUUUAAAACGAUAGACAAGUUGCGUGAGUAGUAACUCACAUCAAAUCUGUCGAAAGUCACUAAGGAAUCUUGCAUGCAUGAAGUAUAUUCAGCAGUGUAAAGGCGAUGAUCUGGACGCUUUGCAAUUCGGAUUAAUCCUUCUGAAGGAAGUAUCAAUCCACAUAUCAACGUUAAAAGCGCUAUUAAUACACAUACCAUUUUCUUCCUUUCAUCAAGUUGAAAUCGAACCGAAGCAAGACCUCUAUUGUUUUUAAACUGAAUUCUUCCUUUAUGACCGCAUCGUAACGAUUUUCGGCCUCCUUAAGCAAAGUUCUUCUCAACUUGGAAUGCUGUAAAAUAAUGGUAAUGCUGACGAAAUGAAAAGUUUCAUUAUUUUUAAAUCUUAAAGGUAAGACCUUCUUACAAACUUAGAUAUGUACGUUCCAUUUAAUUAGUAAUAUGCUUAAUCCAUUUUAUUUGCAGUUAUGAAUAUGGGGUCAAGAAUAAGUGCUUAAAAAAAAAGGCUAAUUACUUUUAUCAAACAGCGUUAAGGAUAAAAAAUCAAAAGAAACCAAUAAAAAAGC